AUGGAUGUGCUGUUAGAUAUGGAGGACCGAAGGUGGCUGGAGGAUGAAGUGCAAUUGAUGGAAGGAAGGCAACAAUGGAAAGUGAAACAUGUACAAGGAAAGAAAAAAGGAAAGUAUAAUAGAGGUGGAAACAUAGGAUCUACAUACAGAAAUCCACAAAGACGCAAUGGCAUAAGUGCUUCCUCUUUGUCACCUGUUUCAUAUCCUCCAUCUUCUGUUGCUCAUAAUCAGCUUAGCCUUUGGUCCAAAUACGUGCACAACCCAAUGCCUGAAGUUCUUCUCUCAAAACUAUCUCCCAUGUCUAAGCGAGACUUUAGUUACUUCAAUUCAUUAUUGUCCAAGCCAACUUUUGUAGCAGAUGCCAAAUUUUGCUCCACUGCUCAAUUAGCUUGUUCUUAUUCUAAUCAGGAUCAAAACCGGCACAUCACAAAUCCAUCUCAAGGAUCCAAACUGAUUGAUUAUAUACCAUAUGGACCAUAUGCUGCAAAUGCAUCUCGAGGAUCUAAGCUGAUUAUGUAUACACCUUAUGGACUAGAAAAUACUUCUCAAACAUCAAAACUGAUCAAGUAUAUUCCGUAUGGACCAUACUUUGCAAAUGCAUCUCAAAAAUCUGAACAAAGUAGCUACAGAGAAAAUGUUACCAAGUUAUCUCCUAGCCAAGGAUUAGACGAUCCUCAUGUUUUCUUUCGACUUUCAGUGCUUAAAAUAGGGAAUAAAGUCCAUAUACCAAAAGUUCUAAAUCACAGAUUUCCACAUCGUUCAUUCCUUCCUUUUCCACUAGCAAAAAAGAUUAUGAUGAGCUCCAAUGACAUUGAAAGAAUCUUUCCGGAGUCUUUUGGGUCUCCUACAACAAGAGAUGCAGUUUUAAGUACCACUUUUUAUUGCAAUGCACCAGCAAUAAAGGAAGAGACCAAGAGCUGCCCCAAGUCAUUAGAGGAGAUGCUUGGAUUUUCCAAAGCUCUUUUAGGCAAAAACUUUUUAUCUGUUUUGACAACGGAAAGCGGAAGGGGCUCAGGAACUAAUCUCCUGAUUCAAAAUAUAAAACAAUUUGAUGUCAAAAAACUUGUGGCAUGUCAUGAGCUUUUCUUCCCGUUUGCUACGUAUUUUUGCCACUCACUCCCCUCAACACACCUGUAUCGUAUCACCUUAGUUGAAGUUGAAACAGGAGUUCCUAUCAACAAGGUUCUAGCAAUAUGUCAUAUGGAUACAUCUGGAAUUCCUGCAGAUCAUAUUUCACUCAGAGUAUUGAAUCUUUCACCUGGACAAGGUGAAGCAUGCCAUUGGAUGCUAGAAACUGAUCUCAUUUGGAUUGAUGAAGAUGAAAGCAUCGUGUAA